CAUAAAUGGGUUGUGGAGCAUAAAAAAAUUCAAUGGGUCUUAAUGAUAAACUUAGAGCUAAAGCUUUGGAAAUAUUUAGAAAAAUUGACAUAAAUAAUUCAGGUUCUAUAGAUAAAGAUGAAACCUAAAAAUUUUGGAAAACCAACUUCGCUAAAGUGAAUACGUAAGCUUUAUUCAAUGCAGUUGAUUUUGAUAAAAGCGGGCAAAUAUCAGAGGAUGAAUGGAUGGCUUUUUGGGAGAUAGUUAAAAAAAGUGGUUAUACUGAUCGAGAAAUCUCUGAAGAAGUAAAAUGUUUAUCUAUCAAAUUUAGCUAGAUAAUUUAAUGGAAGGAAAAGCUUGGGUAUAGUUCAGAAAGGUUGAUGAGUUUGUUAAAAGAGAUCAAUUAAGAAAGAACAGUUAAGUUAAAUAAAUUGUAAAAUAGAAUUCAAAGAGAAAGUCUCUGGUUUAAUAAUAAUAAAGCUUUCAUUAGCAAUGA